AUGGCCGAGUCUGCACCCCCCGCUUCGCGCGUCCCUCGCAAGUGCCAUCGCCGCUCUUGUAGUGCGUCAGCUGCGUCCCUGGUGCCCACCAGCUACGAGGAGCUCCGACUCUGUCAGACCCUUCAAGCAAACGCUGCCACUAUUGUGGACUUGUGGCAGACGAGACGCGCCGCCUCCUCAGCUACUGCCGCAAUCUCGGCCGCUCCUGUUGCCGCUGUGCUGCCGGACCCAUCUGCGAACCCGAUGGCGCAACCUGCGCCUCUGCAACAGCCGACUUCAGCCAGCUCAAAGUUAGCAACUCCAAUAUGCUCUAUUGACCCCAGCGCUUGCCCGCUGCCUGCGGUCACCCUGGAUGAGCAAAUGGACUCCACUAGCUCUCGCAAGCGAGGCCGCGAUGAUGAGGGGAGCGACUGCGACGCUCCACGCAAGCAUGUGCAACCAGCACAUAACCCAUCCCGGCCGGAGACUCAUGGUGGCUGCGACGCGCUGCCGCGUCCCGCACAGCUUUCAGCGACCGUUGGUGGAAUGUCACAGCCGAGCAUGGCUGCUCCGACACCAAAUCUUCCUCAACACUCCGCCGUGGCUUUUCUGAAGGAAAACUCGCAGCCGAUGACUGUUAACUCUGUUAGGAAGAAGAAGGGCAAGUCCAAGCGCCGGAGGGCUCCUUCUACUUCACAGCUCCCCGAGAAGCCUGCAAUCAACGCCUCAGACACUGAAACCGCGUCGCAAUCUCCGUGCCCAAAGGAGGUCCCUCGAAGCGCCAACGGAACAGCUAGUUCUCAACCGCACGCCAGCGAUCCUGCACCUGAAGAUUUCACGCUGGCUUCCUCAAGGGGCGCUCGUCGACGUGCGAGGGCCCUUGCCUCGUCUCCUGUGCUCCCCGCUGACCCAGCCGUAGCAGGCACAGUUUUAUUCAAGCCGUCAGCACCGAACGGUGCCUUCAUGCAGAGUUCGCGUCUGGCGCUGGCGUCUGCGUUAUCUUCGCGGCCCGGCGUCAUCAAAGUGCGAGUCAACAGCCGCCGAAAUAUCGUGGCAGCCGACGUGUCCUCACGGGAGUGCAUCGAGGAGCUUCUUGGUGUCACGGAGCUCUGCGGCAUCCCGGUGUCCGCCCGACUUCCCGCUGACCGAGGAUACAGCACGGGGUACCUGCAUGGUGUGGAGGGCGAUCUUACGGACGACGAUCUAUUACAGUCCAUUGAGUCGAGCGUCCCGUUGGUAUCUGCUGCCCGCAACGGGAACACAGUGACGCUUCGAUUUGCUGGCCCUGUUCCGCCGGAGCAUGUGAGCCUCUACAAGCUGAGGUGUCGUGUGCGUCCAGCCAGGCCGCGUCCACUGCAAUGCCUGCAGUGUGGCCGCCUUGGACAUGCAACAGCGACCUGCCGGCGAGCCAAUUGCUGCCUACGCUGCGGCCGGAGCCACCCCUCUACAGAGAGCUGCAGCGCCAGACCCCGUUGUGUCAACUGCGGUCACAACCACCCUGCAAACACUCCUACCUGUCGUAAAUGGCAAGAGGAACGCAAGGUGGCGACCAUCAUGGCCUCCUCUACGGUCCCACUUUCAAGGCGCGCUGUGCGAGCUAUGGUACAGGAAGCGAAUCACUCACAGCUUCCGACGCCUCCUGCUAGCGCAGCCACCCGCACGUAUGCUCAGGCCGUCUCCGGCACACCGCCUCCAGCACCAACACCUGCUGUUCCUCAAUCGGUUGAUGCCUGCUCGGUGCUGCCUAGCCCCGCUUCCAAGGCUUCCCCCGUAAGCCCUGCUAUGAAGCAAUCUGCUUCGCCCACGGCACAACUCCGGGAUGAUCCGCGGGACGCCAUCAUCGCCUCGCUGCAGCUCACAUUGCGGGCCGUCGGCGAGCUGCUCCCAUCAGGAAGUCCACUGAAAGCCAUCUGCCUUCAAGCCGGUGGUUUGCAGAACACUCCCAGCCAUCAUGGCUAG